UGUGUGCUGCAUGCUCCCCCUCCCCCUCCCCGCUCUGUCUUCGACAUCCAAUCGCUGGACGAGCUUGUGGAUCGCCCCAUAGCCACGGCAGCACACUGUCACGGCGUGCUUCUCUUCUCCCCUCUUGCCUCUGCUCCUCCUCCCCCGCCUCGCUCUGUCUUUGACAUCCAAUCACUGGAGGAGCUUGUGGAUCGCCCCAUAGCCACAGCAGCACAUUGUUAA